UUUUAGAGCAGCUCUCAGUCAGACUGUGUCAGUGUUUGUCAAGAGAACAGAGCAACAUGGCUUCAUCCUUUCUGAGCUUCUCCCUCCUCUUCAUCACUGUCUACACAGCAGAUGGGUUUAUGCAAGCCUUAGUGUAUCGCUGUGAGUUUAACUCCACUGAGCUGAAGGACAUCCAGUUCAUCGCGUCUUGGUAUUUCAACAAGUUGGAGUUCCUCAGGUUUGACAGCGUUGUGGAUAAGUUUGUUGGAUACACUGAACUUGGUGUGCAGAACGCAGAACGCCUCAACAAAGAUGCUGCACAGCUGGCUACAGCGAGAGCUCAGAGGGAGACGUACUGCCAACCCAACGUUGGGGUUUUCUACCAGAAUGCUCUGACUAAAUCAGCUAAGCCUUACGUCCGGCUGCGCUCUGAGGUUCCCUCUUCUGGUAACCAUCCCUCCAUGUUGGUCUGCAGCGUCUACGACUUCUACCCCAAACAGAUCAGAGUCACAUGGCUCAGAGACGGACAGGAAGUCUCCUCUGACGUCACUUCCACCGAUGAGAUGGCGGACGCCGAUUGGUACUACCAGAUCCAGUCCCACCUGGAGUACACGCCCAGGUCUGGAGAGAAGAUCUCCUGUAUGGUGGAACACGCCAGCCUGCAAGAACCUCUGGUUACUGACUGGGAUCCGUCCCUGCCUGAGUCAGAGAGAAACAAGAUCGCCAUCGGAGCGUCAGGACUGAUCCUGGGUCUGAUCUUAUCUCUGGCUGGAUUCAUCUACUACAAGAGGAAGUCCCAAGGACGCAUUCUGGUCCCCUCUAACUGAUCCUGCUUCUGGUCCUGGUCCUGGUCCUGAUCCUGGUCCUGGUCCUGGUCCUGAUCCUGAUCCUGGUCCUGGUCCUGGUCCUGGUCCUGGUCCUGGUCCUGAUCCUGGUCCUGGUCCUGGUCCUGCUUGAGCGACUCAGCAGCUGCUCUGAUUCUCAUAAUGUUUUAUAUCCACUAACUGACUCAUUAACUCUGCUUCAAUCAAUAUAUUCGAGUGAUCUGAUUGAUUAGUGUGUGAUUGGUUGAUUAGUUGAAGUUUUUAAACACAAUAAACCUUCAGAAAACCUUCAAAAAACCUUCAGAAAACCUUCUCAGCUGGUCUAACCCUGAUCCAGGACCAGGAGAUGUUAUCGUUGACUGUGCUGCUCCUGGAUCAGGUUUGUUCUGGACUCUGCUCUGAUGCUUUACUGUGUGAAAUCAAUAUGUUAAAUUGAUUAAGUGACUCGUUAACUCUGCUUCUGAUCAAUAUAAUCAAUUAUUUUAAUAAUU